AGAGAGAGCGAGCGAAUUGGUGGAAGUUACGGUAGCUUUGGAAGUAUCGGCAAAAAAAAAGAGAACAAUCCCAGAACCUGUUCAUCACAACCUUUCGCCAAACCAGUAAUGAGCUUACGUAAGGUAAUAUAGUCAAAUGUUUAGAGAAUAUCAUUUUCUGGUAGGCAUUCCCUUGAAGUGGGUUGCAUUUUUUGUUUUAACUGCCUUUACAUGCACUGGAACGUGCAUUCCUUCUCAGCUCAGAGAGUAUUGUUAGUCUGUGUCAUAGAUAAGUGCCACAGCCAAGAUUUGACGUGCUUUAGAUGCUCAGACGUGCCCUCACAAUGUCAAUAUGUGCUGGGUAGUUUCUGGGAAACAACUCUUAUCAGAAACAGGAAUUGAGGUUUCAGUUUCACGUUUGAUUAAACGGACAGAUGUGUGCUGUACUUUUCUUGACACGGGUCACUUAAACCAACGUUUCGGUCACGAAGGUCUCAUCUGACGAAACAGGAACCACACUGAAGGUCACUGAAACUUGACCCGUAAUAACGUUGGUUUAAAAGACCCUUAAUAACGUUGGUUUAAAUUACCCUUAAUAUAUUGUGAAGGCGCUCCACUAUGCAGAACGCUCUUUUUUUUCUAUUAGUCAGGACUCAGAUUAUUCCUUCAUGUUUCUGGACAACAUUCCACAGUCCAAACAUUAUUUUUAGAAGCAAUCUAAGACGUCAAACAGAUUAUGAUCAAGGAAAGAUACAGACAAGCUCCAUUGUAUACGUGUUUGACAGGAAUGCAUUGUGAUUAAACCGGUUUCUUCAAUGCCAGUCAUCCACAGUAUGAAAUGUUCUUUGAAAUUCUUUUGACUUCACUUUUCGCUCUCAAACCGUCAACAGUCAUUGUAAUGUCCAUACUUCGUUCUAUUCAACAGUUUGCAAAGGUGAAGGAAUACCUAAAGCGUAAAGCGCUUGAGUUGUUGGCACAAGUAAAGGUGAGGUGAAUGAAAUACAUAGUAUCGUCUACCAAUGAGACAAAGUAGACAUAUAACAGCAGAAGCCAAUGAUGGGGAGUAGACCGCCACAGACUCCUUUCAGCUCACACAGUCACUGACCCUCUUUCCCUUUAGGGAACGGACACAGAGAAAGAUGAUUUCACCUUCGAUGAGUCUAAAUUAAUCAUCAGAGAACUUGCUGCUAAACUGAGCUGGGUAGUUCCGGUAAGUCCGUCUGAUUAUGGUGAAGAGAAAGAAUGUGACCAUAUCUUUUAACUUACAAUUGGUCAUGAGUCAUAAUCGGUUGUACCUGUACCGUUCCUCAGAUCAGAAACAUAUCCCUCCUGUGUGAGGAUGGAUCUUGUCAAGAGGAGCGUCAAGACUUCAUACUGCAGUGGGCUGAGGAACUGAACCACUCACCACAGACUGGACAGGUACCAACACCAUGGGGCAGUUACCACAAACAGAAUAAACUUAGUCCUAGACUAAAAAAAAAAAAUUAGAUGGAGAUCCAGGAUUUAGAUUAAUCUGUGUUGGGGAAACCGCCCCGAUACGCUAGAGGUUCAUCUGGCACUGGUUCUAGUGGUUAAGAGCGUUGUGCCAGUAACCGAAAGGUUGCUGGUUCUAAUCCCUGAGCCGACUAGGUGAAAAAUCUGUUGAUGUUCCCUUGAGCAAGGCACUUAACCCUAAUUGCUCCUGUAAGUCGCUCUGGAUAAGAGCGUCUGCUAAAAUGACUAAAAUGUAAUACGCAGUCUAAGUACACGUCAUGUGCAUACGGUGUUGACAGCCAGUCACUCUGGAGGAAGUAACACAUUAUUUACUGUUGAGAAAUGCAAACAAAGAGGAUUGUAAUUAAACCACCUGACCUGUUCUUCACUAGUCACAAGCUGGGGAAAUCACAAGAGACAGGAGAAGUGAGGAACCUCUAGAUCAACAGAUACCAGCAAAGGAACAGAAACUGAAGGAGGCCAGCAAAGCCCUGUCUAACUGGGCCAGGACACUCGACGGCAUGGAACAGGUGACAGGAAGGCCGUAAAACAAAAAAGAGAACCACAAAAAGUUUUCUGUAACAUUACAAUGAUACAUAUUACAAGGAGAGCAUCCUACAAUAUCAUCCCAUGUCUCUGUGUCUCUGUAGGAUUCAGUGUGUCUAGGAGAGGAUGUGUGUUCAGUCCUGCAGGAUCUGGAGAGACAGUGGAAGAGAGGGAAGCUACCCAACAUGCUCCCUGUCAUGGACUUCAUCAUCUGGAGCAUGCUGCAGGAACAGCCCCAGGAGGUCAGUUGUAAACAGAGACAUAUUUCAUGUCUCUAUGAGUGACAUUUAAAUAAAAUCGAACUGUAGAAUAACAUGGCUGUUGUUUUUACAGGGUUCCAUUGUUGUACUGUAGAAUAACAUGGCUGUUGUUUUUACAGGGUUCCAUUGUUGUAUUGUAGAAUAACAUGGCUGUUGUUUUUACAGGGUUCCAUUGUUGAACUGCAGAAUAACAUGGCUGUUGUUUUUACAGGGUUCCAUUGUUGAACUGCAGAAUAACAUGGCUGUUGUUUUUACAGGGUUCCAUUGUUGAACUGUAGAAUAACAUGGCUGUUGUUUUUACAGGGUUCCAUUGUUGAACUGUAGAAUAACAUGGCUGUUGUUUUUACAGGGUUCCAUUGUUGAACUGUAGAAUAACAUGGCUGUUGUUUUUACAGGGUUCCAUUGCAAAGCAGUGGCUCAGAAAUAAUCAAAGGUCCAGAAGCAGAGGUAACUGUCUGCUACCACUGUGUGUGGUUAUUAUAGAAGUCAACACUGUGUGUGGUUAUAAAUAAAAGUCAACACAUACAUUAUUUUAAUCAGUUCAUUUAUCUAAUAUGUUUUUGUUUUUCCCUUAGUGACACUGAAUCACAUUCCUGACUCAGGUACGUCAAAUUCCACAGUUCACGUCUGUUUUUUUAAUAAACAUACUUGUUGUAGAUCUUCAUUGCUAACGUGAUCCUAAAUGUCUUGUCUGUUUCAUUACAGUUUGGAAAUGGAUUUUGAAAGCAUCAGGUCGGUAUGGUUCAUUGCCAAUGCAAAUUUUAUUCAAAUGAGAUAACAUGCAAAGACUAGUUUCAGUGUUCUGGUAUGAACAACAACUCAAUUGCUUGCAUGAAUAACUAGGAUGCUCAUCAAUGCAAAAUACGUUAUUUAUUACCAUCAUAACAAUCUUGUGAUAGCUGUGACGAACAACAAGGUUUCUCUUGCCACUGUCUUUCUAAUUUCUAACUUAAUUUGACCUUUUAAUGAAAUGGAUUUAUCUCCUUACAGCUAAGAUCACACUGGAUGAAAAAACAGCCAACCCAAGUCUCCUACUGUCCCCAAACAAGAAAAGAGUGAAAAUGGACACCAUCAUUGAGAGUGUCUACAAUCCCUGGGGUCACUAUGAAAUGACUUCCAAAAUGUACAGUGGUUGGUGGUGUGUACUGGGGACAACGGGUUUUAACUCAGGGAGGCAUUACUGGGAGGUGGGGGUCAGGGGCAAGGCAGAAUGGAGGAUAGGGGUGGUUAGAGAGUCAGCACCACGACAAGGCUUUGUUGACCUGAGUCCAAAGAGAGGUUACUGGACUCUACUUCUGCAGCUUGGACAGCUCAUGGCUGUAACUUCACCAGUCACUAAACUGAACCAGUCCGUACCCUCGAGGGUAGGGGUCUACCUGGACGUAGAGGAGGGACAGGUCUCCUUCUACGACGCAGAGAAAAGGCGGCAUAUUUACACUUUUGAUGUCGACUUU